AUCUUAUGGUUUCAUUUCCACGUUUCUGCAAAAAAGUGCAAACCCUUCCACUACUACUCUGCUUCAGCCGCCCUCACGCACGCACAAUAAUGGCCGAAAACAACUGUUCUGCCUCUCCGGAGGUGGAGGUGGGAGAGCCGACGCCCAAGAUUCCGAAGCUCGACCACCAUCAAAACGGUGCCGUUGCAGGAUCUUCUUCAUAUUUCAAAGUCAAGAAGCUCUCUGAGAAAGCUGUCUUGCCCUCCAGAGGCUCACCUCUCUCCGCCGGCUACGAUCUCUCCAGUGCUGCUGAUACCAAGGUCCCUGGUAGGGGCAAGGCUUUGAUUCCCACCGACCUAAGUAUCGCCGUAUCGCCGGGAACCUAUGCUCGUAUUGCGCCGCGAUCUGGAUUGGCGUGGAAGCACUCAAUAGACGUAGGAGCAGGCGUGAUUGAUGCCGAUUACAGAGGACCUGUUGGAGUGAUAUUGUUCAACCAUUCUGAUGCUGAUUUUGAAGUCAAGGUUGGUGACAGAGUUGCACAGCUCAUCAUUGAGAAGAUUGUAACCCCGGAGGUGGAGGAGGUUGACGAUCUUGAUUCCACCGUUAGGGGAUCCGGUGGCUUUGGAUCCACCGGAGUUUAAUACUUGUAGUACUAAGAAUAAUGUCUGUCACAACUAUGGAAUGUCUUGUCCGGAAUGAAAUGGGAAACGAUGGAGUUUUUCUAUA